AAAUCAAAGAAAGCGAUAAAAAGAAUUUGCUUUCUUUUCUUCUGUUCACGUCUCGUCUUUUCUUUUCUCUGUCUCUGUGGUGGUGACCCCUAUACUCAUCAAACCAGAGGACUUUACUUGGGACCCACUUAACAUGUCAUAGCCUUAUUGAUCAAUCUUACACGUGGCAGCGUAACAUCACUUGCCCCUUUCUCCCUCUUCCCAUUCCUUGCUUCUUUCCCUUUCCUUUUGCCUUCUCUUCACAAUAUUUAGACCUUCCCCUCCCACUCACAAUUUCAGAGAAGCACUCAAGCUUCUCUGUUGGAAAAGAAAAAGAGUUGUUUGUUUCUCUCCUCUUAGCUACAGUGGAGGGAAAGUUGAAGGCUGGAAGUGAUAUGGUUGGAAAGGGUAAUUUGAGGACUGAGGACUUGAAUUUGUGGUUUGAGAAGCUUAUGAUGGUUGCUGGGAGUGGGAACAGUGAGAAAGGGGUGAACAUGAAGGUUGGGGUCAUCACAGAAUGGAAGGAUAUUCCUGUAGAGCUUUUGGUUCAGAUUCUGUCCCUUGUGGAUGAUCAGACGGUGAUCACAGCUUCUGGAGUUUGUCGUGGCUGGAGAGAUGCUAUUUACUUUGGCCUUGCACGUUUAUCCCUCUCUUGGUGUAGCAAGAACAUGAAUAACUUGGUCCUAUCUCUCGUUCCUAAAUUCACAAAAUUGCAAACUCUAAUCCUUCGUCAAGACAAGCCUCAACUAGAGGAUGAUGCUGUUGAGACAAUAGCAAAAUGCUGCCAUGAACUGCAAAUCCUGGACCUCAGCAAAAGUUUCAAGCUUACGGAUCGGUCACUCUAUGCUAUAGCCCUUGGUUGUCAAGAUCUUACAAAACUGAACAUCAGCGGGUGUUCAGCAUUCAGUGACAAUGCCUUGGCUUACCUUGCCAGUUUCUGCAGAAAACUGAAAGUUCUAAAUCUCUGUGGAUGUGUUAGAGCUGCAUCUGAUACUGCGUUACAGGCUAUUGGACAAUACUGCAAUCAGUUACAAUCUUUGAACCUUGGAUGGUGUGAUAAUGUUGGUGAUAUUGGAGUGACUAGUUUAGCAUACGGGUGCCCUGAUCUUAGGACAGUUGACUUGUGUGGCUGUGUCCGUAUAACAGAUGAUAGUGUGAUUGCAUUGGCAAAUAGAUGCCCCCACCUGAGGUCCCUUGGGCUGUACUAUUGUAAGAAUAUAACAGACAGAGCAAUGUAUUCCUUGGCACACAGCAAGGUGAACAAUAACAACAGGAUGUGGGGAUCUGUGAAAGGAGGAAAUGAUGAAGAUGGUUUAAGGACUCUCAACAUUAGCCAAUGCACUGCACUCACCCCUUCUGCUGUUCAAGCAGUUUGUGACUCAUUCCCUUCACUACACACAUGCUCAGGUAGGCAUUCACUCAUCAUGAGUGGCUGUCUCAAUUUGACAUCUGUGCAUUGUGCCUGUGCUGUCCAUGCACACCGCACAUUCACCUCUUUCCCUUAUCCAGCUCAUUAAGCACAACACACUUCAAGGAAGUGCCCUUGCCCUUGAAGGGCUCUGAGAAGUUAAAACUAUAAUUUCCAGCCCCCUUGUAGAUAUGUUUGUGUUGAGCUGCAUGCAGAGACUUGAGUCCAGCUGAUUAUGUGUCACAUCUUCAACUAGUCUCUCAAACUUGUUUUAUCCCUGAAUUGUGAAGCUCAAGACAUUUUGGAUGCCAAAGGUGACUAUUUCCUAGUUAGCUAUGUAAAUUAAUUGGGAGACAUGGACUUUUAAUUAUGUAUGGUUGGUUUUAUGGAAGCAUAUAUUCGAAGUAUUUUUGCUUCUGCUCUUCAAUUCGAGAAAACUAAGGUGGAAUAUUAGCCUUUGGCUGUUUUAUACCGCUAAACAAAGUCAUGUAAAUUAAGAAAGUCUUAUACCGUUAAACUGGCUGUUAUCUGCUUCUAUUGAUUGUCAUAUAGCAUGUUGUUUUACAAGCCAUUGAAAAUUAACUUAGAAAAAAACAACUUUUACUUAUAGUUUGGAGAAACAGGUUCUGUCAAUGCAGUUGGCGAAAGAAUUUUGGUGAUCUCUUCCAUCCCAUCAAAAUUAAGGUAUAAGAUACCCGUUUGAUCCAAUAAACUAAGGCUUUGUUCUCUGAUUCAGGGGAG